CUCUUCUAACAACUACUACUACACCAAUCUACCACUAACUAACCUACCAAAAUGAUGAUGAAAAUUGCUCUUCUUGUAGCCUGUGUUGCUGUAGCUGUCUAUGGUCAGGAGAAACAGUCAAUGGUUGGUAUGCAGAUGUGUGGAACUACUUACUGUCAAGCUGGUCAAAUGUGUUCUUAUCAAGGUGGUUAUCCUAGAUGUGUCAUGACUGGUAUGAAUAACGGUAUGUACCCUGGCAUGAACAACGGUAUGUACCCAGGUAUGAACAAUGGUAUGUACCCAGGUAUGAACAACGGUAUGUACCCAGGUAUGAAUAAUGGUAUGUACCCAGGUAUGGGCAACGGUAUGUAUGGUGGUAUGGCCAUGACCGAAGAAGACAAGCCUGCUACUGCUCCUAAAUUAGGUGAUGAUUCAGAGGAAGAAGAAGCAGCUCCAGCUGACAUCACUACACCUUUGUAAAUUAAUGGUAGAAUUUGAGGGGGUGGGGAAAUUUAAAGCAUAUGAAAAUCAAUCAAAUUAAAUUAGAAACUGGAAGUAAUAGUGAUCCACAAUGUAAUUGGUCUAACUUAAAGGCAAUAUUUAAUGCUAUUAAAAUCUUAACCAAUGCACAUGCAAAGUUAUACAUGGCCUAUUUUUAAAGUAUUUACAGAUUUAUCAGUGCUGAUUGUGUUGUCAAUAUCAUAAUAAGAUGUUUAUUCAAUUCUUAUUGGCUUGCUUAAUUUUAACAUGUAACUAAAAACUUUAUCAAGUUAAAAAUUGCACCAUUGUACAUUCCAAAUUAAACUUAUUUUUCUUUGUGUCCAUAGAUAAAUGAUUUGAAAUGACAGAAUUAAAAAUUUUCAACCCCAAA